AUGGUCAAGCCACUCGCCUUCAAGGGUGAUAAGAAAGUAAAGAAGCGCAAGAGAGUCGAUGACGCAGACGAUGCCGAACAAUCGACCUCAAAAGCAUUGACGACGUCAGCGCCUGCAGACGAGGAGAGCGAUGACUCUUGGGUGAGCGCAGACGCGCCGAGUGACAUUACCGGACCUAUUGUCAUCGUUCUACCUACCGAGAAGUCAACAUGCUUAGCAUGUGAUGCGGUCGGUAAGGUCUUUGCGAGUGAACUGCAAAACAUCGUCGACGGCGACGCGACCACCGCCGAACCGCACGAUGUACGGCAAGUCUUUGUAGCUAACAGGGUUGCUGGCACGGAAGACUUCAACCUGAAGGGCCACCAUGGGAGAUACCUAAGCUGUGACAAGUACGGCAUCCUCAGCGCAAACGCGACCGCCAUCUCGCCAGAAGAACGCUUCCUCAUAAUCGCGAUACCGGAUAACCCCGGCGCCUUCUCCCUGCAGACUCAGCGUGAGAGAUACCUGAGCAUCGAUGAGUCGUCCACAAGCGGUCCUGAAGUACGCGGGGAUGCGGAGGACGUCACAUUCAGCACCACUUUCCGCAUACGCAUGCAGGCACGCUUCAAGCCGCGCAACAAGGCUACAAAGGAAGAGAAGGCACAUCAAAAGAUCAGCAAAAAAGAGCUGGAGGAUAUCAUCGGACGCAAGCUGAGCGACGAUGAGGUGAAGAAACUGCGAAAGGCCCGCCGCGAGAACGACUUCCACGAGGUAGCCAUGGACAUGCGGUCAAAAUCGUCGCAUGACAAGUACGCCUAA